AGCCGUCGUCGUCCCGUUCGCGUUCUACAUGCUUAAGGUCCCUAAUAGCUUGACCACGGUGGGAAUUGAACCCGCGCAAACGAAAGGUCGCGGUUUCGAUUCCCUCGUGGUAAGGUUAAUUCUUUCCGGUUAAGAUGUAUGACAUAUGUAUGAAAUAUUCUAAUGUAUGAAAUAUCUGAUUGAUGUAUCUGCAUGUUAUUUUCCGACGUCGGAUUUGAGGUUUGUUCCAGAUCACUUGAUUGACAGUCCGUAAGAGGUCGAGUUUUUGCUUUUAUCAGCAAUUUACAUGUAUUUGAAUAAGGCGGCCGGUCUCUCGAAGGUAUAGCAGUGAACAAGGUUUAACUUUUUGGUUUGUUUUGCCAUAAUUUAGCAAAAUGUUAUGUGAUAUAAAGCAUUAUCAAAUAUAUUGUUACUCUUAUAUUAAGAAUUAUAGAGAAUUUUUAAUUCUGAAAUUUUUCCUCUUUACAAUAAAUGCGCAUGCGUAAAUUAUUCUCUUCCUUUCGUCUGUCGCACUAUCAGCACUGAUAUUAUUUCAUCAUCUAAUCACUCAAUGUGAAAAUUUUUAAACGAGAAUAUUAAGUUAAUUGAAAGAAAAUAAAUAUUGAUAACCGAAUUACAUACGGGUGCAACGAGCAAUUUUACAUGGUCACUGUUCUGAGUUACAAAAUUGGUUUACGGUACUGUCAUUUUCUCCAGUUCACGCUUACUUUCGUUAGUAGAAUGUCGAAAUGUUGUCCAGCUCACUGCAACAACUAAUAAUUUAGAGUAUAGUUGCCGGCAACUUGGGCGACAGAUUACGUUUUUUAGUUGUCAAAGAAAAUGUUCAGCAAGUUACCACCUGUUUUGAACGUUGUAAGUCCUAAAAUGUUCCAAAAUAAGUGUAAGAAGUCCAUCGAAAGCCAUGUUAUCGGUCGUCAUAACCGCGAAGAGCUGUACAAUUUCGCUGGCUUCGCCUUCUGCCUCGGCUUCGCCAUUUACUUGGUGCAACGAGCAAUUUUACAUGGUCACUGUUCUGAGUUACAAAAUUGGUUUACGGUACUGUCAUUUUCUCCAGUUUUCGCUUACUUUCGUUAGUAGAAUGUCAAAAUGUUGUCCAGCUCACUGCAACAACUAAUAAUUUAGAGUAUAGUUGCCGGCAACUUGGGCGACAGAUUACGUUUUUUAGUUGUCAAUAACUUUUAGUUGGCGAUCACAAAUAGUUGUCGACAACUAAAUCCCUACUCUGUGGAGGCCCUGAAACUGCGAAUUAAUGCGUACAAGCGAGUUCGGUGACAUACCCUUUGAUUGAACUGGGCAUGCAAUAUGCGACAUAUGACAUAGACGACAGGGCAUACACACAUAUAGGGCAUAUACGUCAUAACAUAAGACAAAUAAGAUCAAUUACAUUUUUUUCCUUAUGACAGCAAAGGUACUUAUGAUGUAAACAAAGGCAGUCCGAUAUCUACCUGGUUAUUAUAAAAGCCAGCGAAAUCAUUUCAUUGCUCACAACUGAUGAACCUGAAUCAUUAAAAGCUUCAACAUUUAUAAUCAAUUCGAAAGACUAAGAUUGAACUGUUGCAAAACCGCAAAAUGAACAAAUUCAUCAUCUGCUUCUGUUUUGUACUUUUCGUUGUUUCGAGCGCUAGUGCUCGGCAGCUUGGAAGAAAUGCACUCAAAGGUAAUCUCCAAGAUGUAUGCUUCCAAUUUGGGGGAAUAUGCGUCCCAAACGCAUAUGAAUGCUACGAAUUAGAACCACCACGACAAUCCUGUGGGCACCCAUGUCCUGGGGGACAGCAUUGUUGCUGCAGGGACACAAACUACAUUUGGUGAGAAAUGAGUGCUGAAAGUGCUAAAAGUGAUGUGGUAAAAAAAAGAAAAUUAGAUUAUCCUGAUGAUCAGAUAAUUUCCGAGGUUGCUCUGAAAAAAUUGUAUGAUGGAACAGUCUAUAAAAGUUUGGAUGACAAAUUACUAGAGGAAUAUGGUAAAGAGUGGAUACAAAAUGGCAAUGAUGAAAUCCACAUGAUUCCCUGUGUUUUCACAAAGGGAUCCAGUGAUGAUAGAGGAACAAAAGCUGAAGGUGAAAUUUAUCAAACCUUAAGAAGCCUGAAUACAGAUAAAAAUAAAAAAAUUAAUGAUUAUUUUUCAAACGUCAAAAUACCUGGCUUUGUUUUUCACGGGCAAAAAUACAAUGGCCAUGAAAUUGACUUCCUCUUUAUAACAAUACAUGGCUUGUUGGUAAUUGAGUGCAAAGCAGUAGGAAAGGGCAACCGAGCUACAAGUAAGUAUAACGAGGCUUGUGGUCAAUUGUCCAAGAGAAUUCCAACACUGAAAAACGUAUUGGAAAGAUUUGGUAUAGAUGUUUCCAUAAUCCCAAUCGUGGGUAUCGUUGCGUUCCCGCUUUUAUCUCGAUGCGAUGUUGAGAGGGAAGAUGGAAGCCCAGAGGUCCUUUUUAGCGAAGAUCUUGCCGUGUUAAAGAAUUGGUUGCGACGAAAAAUAUUCGUUACUGUCAAUCCCAUAACAUUUGAAAUUUAUCUGAAAAUCGUAAAAACGUUUCUCGGGCUGUAUCAUUGUGGAGAAAAGUUAAGAAACUUUUAUGAGUAUAAGAAGCGUGGAAUAUUGGACACAGAAAGAGGUUUAGAAAGCACGUGUGAGUGGUACACCAGAGAGCAAAGAGCAUUUUUGAAAAAUGAUCGCUUUCAUAACGUGUGGAUUUCUGGUGCAGCUGGAACCGGAAAGACGUUUGUAUUAAAACAUCGUUUGGAAUUUCUUGUAUCAGAAAUUAGGAAGGAAAUGUCUGAAAGUGGUGAGGACAUGGUCAAGAAAUCAGUGAAGCCAAUUCUCGUAAUAACUUACAAUCGUCCCAUCAAGUUGGAUAUCGAGGACUGGGUAAAGAAAGAGAUUAAAGCCAAAGGAUCUUCAAACGAUCUAGUCCGUCUUCAAACGUUUUCCGCCUUAAUGAAUCAUAUAUUAUACGACGAAGGCGACGAAAUAAAAACCACGAAGGACGCGGAGAAAGUAACAUAUAUCAUGGGAGAUGAAAGUAUCUUAAAAAAGUACUUUUCCUCUAAUUACACAAAAGUAUUUCGUAAGUAUCAGCAUAUUCUUGUUGAUGAGGCCCAGGACCUUCCGGACAACUGGCUUGACCUGCUGUGCAAGAUGUUACAUUGUAAGCGAAGUAGCAUUUGGGUCUUUAAAGAUCCGUACCAAGUGGUUCGGCGAAACAUCACAACGGUAACAAAUGUCCCCGUUAAGUUUACCCGGCACUGGUUAUCGAAAGUAAUCAGAAACCCUCGGAACGUAUUCGAGGCGUAUAAAAAAUGCUACGAAAGCUUAUGUGAGGCUGGUUCAGAGGAAUUGGUUCCACCCAGUAUCAACCACCAUGUGUAUGGUUUAGAACCAAGAUAUAUUGUAGCCAAAGAUGACAACAGUAUGCUAAGUGAAUUGGUUUCAACUAUACAAGAUUUACUCAAGAAGAGGGUGAACUGUUGUGAUAUAGCUAUCCUUACAUGUGGAAACGUUGAAACACGUGACAACAUCGAAGCAUGCUUACAAAAUAACAAAAUAAAACAUCAAGACGCCGACAAACACACAAGUCAAAACCGAUUAACUGUGACGGUUGAUAGUUAUCAACGAUUCAAGGGUCUCGAAGAGAAGAUCAUAAUAUUCUGCGUACCAAGUGGAUGGGCUCCGCGACUGCGAGACCAAGAUGUUUACGUUACGUUAUCAAGAGCGCUCUGUCAAGUCAUUGUCAUUGCUCCAAAAAAAAUAGUGGAAUAUUUGAAUCCAAUUGACUAGGCAAGAAAACUUAACCAACAAUCUUAAGAAUAAUAUUUAGGGAUCAUGCAGUAGCAGACUUGUAGUCUUUUUCAAUCUAUAUAUGUAUCUUUAGAUCAUUUUAACUUGUAAAUCAACAACUUGAUUUGCCUAGUGUAAAUUUGGAACAUCAUAGUUGUACGAAAAAGCUGAGAAGCAAUCAGUUGGUGAAUUGGUGCAUGUGGGGUUAAGUUUUACCAGGGACAAGGCGACCAAUUAUUGUAAAAA